AUGGUCUCCAAACUCAACAAAGUCCGCAAGCACGUCUCCAAAAAGAAAGGCGCCAAGAUGAACAGCCUGCACGAGAACAGCCGCGAUGCGCAACGUCUCCGGAAAGCGUCCGUCCGCGACGAGCGUGUCCUGAAGACCGUAUCGACAAAGGAGAAAGCCAACCACCACUGGCUGGACCGGGUAUCCUUUUUCCAAGACAACCUACCGGACACUUUACAUCCGAUGGAAAUGUCUCGCGUGCAGGAUCUCAUCGAGGAAUGGCUCUCGCGACACGACGAGGAGGUCGCGACGUUGAAAAGUGAGCGGAGGCCCGGCCGGCCCGCGACGACGAGACAGACGCUCCUGGAGCAGGCGAUUCAUGCGGAAAGGCUAGAGUAUGAGAGUGGGUUCUGGAUGCCGAAUUUGCGGGACGAGGAAUCUCUGAUUAAGCUGGAUGCGUGGAAGGGCGAUUGGUUGAGUCUGGCGAAUUUGCGGUUCUCGCGCGUGGAGAAGGGUGGUGGGGUCAAGGACAGCCAGUUCCCGCCGAGAGGGUCGUCGUGA